AUGACGUCUGUUAAUAUGUAUUUGUUAAACAAAGAUUACAGAUUUCGUCAUCCAGUACAAUCAACUGUUGCUCGUACAACUCGUGUUCUUUCAAUUCUUCUUAGUAUUGUUGCUAAAUCUGAAUCACAUGAUAAAUUUAAAGUAACAUCAACAUCAGUACCAUAUUUAGCUGCAUUAGUUAGUGUUGUUGAAGAAGUUCGUACUCAAUGUCCAAUUAAACAUCGAUCUAUUAUUAUAUCAUCGACAACAAAUUCAAAUUCAACAACUAUUUUACCAUUUCAUUAUUCAUCAAUAUCAACUGUUCAUCCAUUAUCAUAUUUAUCACAUAACUGUUAUGGUGCUCGAUUAUUAACUGUGCCAUCACAUGUACGUCAUUGGCAUUCAUUUGAUAUUGAACAUGCUGUACCACGUAUUCUAACAAAACCAACUUCUACACUUGUACAAUUACAACAAGUUAAACAAGUUGUACCAACAAUUGCUGUUACACAACAAACUUCAUCUGAAACACAACAAACAUCAGAAAUAAGUAAUACAUCAACACAAGCAUUAUCUUUAACUGUAUUAGCUACACUUGUGCGUAAUACAUCGGAUGAAAAUGAAAUGAGAAUUAUAUAUGAAUAUUUAUCAGAAUCAAAUAUUGUUUUUCCUAAAGUAUUUCCUGUUAUACAUAAUUUAUUAGAUGCAAAAAUAAAUUCUGUACUUUCAUUAUCACAUGAUGAAUCAAUAUUAGCAUCAGUACAAUCAAUAAUAUAUCAAAUGAUUGCUUGUUCAUCAGGUAAUGAUGUAAGUCAACAACAACAACUUAGUUAUUUACAAUCAUGUGGUUUUGGUGGUUUAUGGCGUUUUGCUGGACCAUUUACUGUAUCAAGACAAAAUCCUGAUAAUGUUCAAUUAUUUGUUAAUUGUUUAGAAGCAAUGUUUGAAACAUUUUUACCAUCAUUAGAUGAACAUAAAGAUGGUUCUGAAAAUGGAGUUAAUAGUGGAAAUGGUUUAACAAGAAAUAAUAGUACUAGACAUGCAUCAUUACAUCAUCAUCGAACAUUUCGACAUCAUCCUCAUUAUUAUUCAGUUUCAUCAGCAGCAGCAUGCCUUAAUGCUAAUUUAUCUUCAUCGAUGUCAAAAUCUAUUCAUUUACUAACGGAUCGUGAAAGUCAAUUUUUCGAUUUAAAUGAUCUCAAUCGACUAUCACAAUCUCAAUCUCAAAAUGGAAAUUUUAGUCGAUCUCGUAUAAUACAAAAACCAAAUCUCAUUUAA